UACAUUACAUUACGUACAGCAUCACUAGUCGCAAUCAACAAAUUUUUUGACGUGUGCGGUGUUCACUUCGCAGGUCGCGAUGUCCUCGAUAAAUUUAAAUUUGCUUGUGUGUGGAUUUAUUUUAAGUAUUUUAGUGCUUGUUAAUACGCAGACAGUGCACAGACGAUUUGAAUAUAAAUAUUCUUUCAAGCCCCCCUAUUUAGCACAAAAAGACGGAUCAGUUCCAUUCUGGGAGUACGGAGGCAAUGCCAUCGCGUCGAGCGAGAAUGUUCGGCUCGCCCCAUCGCUCCGUAGCCAGAAGGGUGCUAUCUGGGCGAAGAACCCGAUUAACUUCGAUUGGUGGGAGGUGGACAUCAUGUUUAAAGUCACCGGUAGAGGAAGGAUAGGGGCUGACGGAUUGGCUUUCUGGUACACGACGACUCGUGGUGACUACACAGGAGAUGUGUUCGGUUCAUCGGACCGCUGGAAUGGUCUGGGGAUUAUCUUUGAUUCGUUCGAUAACGAUAAUAAACACAACAACCCUUACAUUAUGGCGGUUCUAAACGACGGAACUAAAGUCUUCGAUCAUAAGAGUGAUGGUUCUCAACAAUUAUUAUCUGGCUGUCUCCGAGACUUCCGCAACAAACCUUUCCCCACGAGAGCUCGCAUCGAGUAUUAUAUGAACACACUCACAGUGUACUUCCAUAAUGGUAUGACCAAUAACGAAGCAGACUACGAGUUGUGUUUCCGCAGCGAGAACGUUAUAUUACCUCGGGGUGGUUUGUUCGGUCUGUCCGCCGCUACAGGCGGGCUGGCUGACGACCAUGACGUCAUACACUUCCUCACCACCUCCCUGCACAGUACGCAACAACAGGGCGCUGGGCAGCAGAUGAGCGCUGAUGAACAGCAGAGACUUGCACAAGAAUACCAAGAAUAUCAACAGAAAUUACAACAGCAAAAAGACGACUAUAAAAAAGAACACCCUGAUGAGGUGCGUGAUAAAGACGAAUUCGAGGACUGGUUCGAAUCAGACGGUCAGAGGGAGUUCCGUCAGAUAUGGCAGGGAGUCAUGUCGCUUCAAGAUACCUUGAGGGAUUUGAACAAGAAAGUUGAUGAGGUGAUCGGUAAACAAACAAACUCACUAUCAUUAUUAAGUGCAGUAUACAGUCACACGCAAGGACAACCGUUACAGCCAGUACAACCUGGACAGCAGCCUGCACAGAUACCCGGACUACCUAUAGGACGGCAUGAUUGGGAUGCAUUAGUGACCAACAACCAGCUAAUGAUCAAUACUAUUGCAGAACUCAAAGGGUUCAUUAUUGAAGUGUCACGUAAAUCAGACGCGUUAAUAGCAGCGGGCGGGGGCGCCGCGGCAGGGGCAGGGGCCAUAAACCCCCAAUUCCUCAGUGAAAUGAGGGAUUCUAUAACACAAGUCAAGCAAGCAGUCGCCGGUGUGGCGCAGAGGUUAACGGUGGCACCUCAAGUGGCUGCUCCGUCGCAGCUGAAUUGUCCGAACGUGUCUUGUGUCAGUUUCACGGGUCUACUGGUGGUGAUAGCCUCACAACUAACCAUUAUGUUCUUCUACUCUUUGUACAAAGAAAGAAAAGAAGCUCAAGCGAAGAAAUUCUUUUGAGAUGGAAGCCUAAUCCCACACUGCAUAACUCCGUUUGGGCUCAAACACUUUAUACCCAUGCUAUGAUAAAGAAAACUACACAAUAACAGAGUGUGGACUCGAAAAUAAAUACACAAUAUUUUACCUCUGUCAAAUAAUUAAGUAUACA